ACCAGAAUGUGUUGCAAUGGGUUUCUUAAAGUCAUCAUGUUUGUCUUCAAUGGCCUCAUCUUUUUGGCAGGCGCCGCGAUACUUGCGGUAGGCAUCUGGGUGAAGGUGGAUCAGAUCUCUCUUCUGGGUUUUUUAGAGCACAUCGAAGACGCUCCACCUGAGCUCGCACAGCUGACCAAUGUGGGAUACCUGCUGAUCGCGGUGGGUGUGUUCCUCGCUCUCGUGGGUUUCCUGGGAUGCUGUGGGGCGAUACAGGAGAGCAGGUGUAUGCUUCUCUCUUUCUUCAUCAUCGUUCUCAUCAUCUUCAUCGUGGAGGUGGCAGCGGCUGUGGUGCUCUUUGUCUUUGAGCCUUUGGCUGAGAAAUUACUGGAGGACGUUGGACAGAAAGUUGCUGGAAGCCUCAAGGAUAAAUAUGGAGAGGACGAGAGUUUCACCGCCGUCUGGAAUAACACUAUGGAUGAGCUGCACUGCUGUGGAUAUCACAACUACACCGACUUCACCGCAUCUCAGUUUGUAAAUAAAACCUCAUUAUAUCCCGAGACGUGUUGCACGAGAACUUCGACAACCUGUGAUGAGAAUUCAGUCCAGACGGCGCGUGUGCUGGGCUGUUUCCAGGCGUUUGUUAAUCUGAUUGAGGAAAAUACAGUUCUGCUGGCGGGUGUCGCUAUAGGCAUCGCUGCUUUAGAGAUUGCAGCCAUGACCGUCUCCAUGAUUCUCUACAGGAAUGUACGAAAAUGAGUCAAUAGCAUCAGAUUUUUAUGUUUACUGUAAAGCUGUUGUGUUCAAUAUCUCAGCGCCUCUUUU